ACCCGUAAGUCCUUUCUUUAGUGAUAAACAUUUGCUUCGAUUUUAACCCAACUUUUGCUCAUAGGUGAUCUGCUGCCUGCAAACCGACAAGUAUACGAAAUAGCAAUAUGGAUAAAUUGAUAAAGUUAGCGACACUUGAUAAGGUAUCACGAUAAAGUAUCCGACCAGUAUCGAACAUUGGCUCUAGAUGUAGAAGUGCUACUGUUUCCGGAUAGCCACAUCGACCACAACUCAUUCUCCAUCGAUAGUGCCGUUUUGAUGGGUUUGGAAUUCACGACCUUAAAAUAACUGAUUUAUGAGACAAGGCAGCAAGUGUCCCGCGAACGGAAACACUUGUAAAACGUACAAAAUAGUGUGAACAAACUCGUGCUGCAGUUACUACAUACAUGCUAUGUGUUUGGUUCGCACACAUUAGACAAUUUUUAUCGAAACCUGGCAUCUUUGUAGUAUGUCAAGACAUUAUUUGCGUUGGUUGCAUCUUUUUCCAGUGAAUGGAAAUGAAUUAAUUGUUGCUUUAUUUAAAUAGCUAAUCAGGUAGAUUUGCAUGAGUCGGGAAAUAGGUACAAACGAAUAAGGAAUUUCAUUCCUUGUAAAGCACACGUACUGAGUCUUGCGACAAUAAAAGUUGUGUAAACAACAUUCAACAAACCAUCAUAAUACAUUUUAAUGUAAAAAGUAAAUGUGUAAAUCAUUCUGUAACCGAAACAAAAAAAGUUAAGUUAAAAUAAACGAGCUGCCAAAGCACUAAUCUAGCGCGAUUCCAUUUCAGUUCGUCCGUUAAAAAAAUCAGGAAAAUAUUUCAUGUAAUUAAAUCCUGAAACCUAUUUCAAUUCUUAACAAGCCUGGAAGAAUUUAAGCAUACUGUUGAUGUAAAAUCAAAUUCAAUGUUUAUCAGGUAAUUGGGCUGCCGGCUUGCCAAAAUAUUGCGUAUCGAGUGCAAAAUAAACCUUAAGACUUUUAUUUGCUUUUUUAUUUGUAAUGUUGCAUAAGCGCUGUAAAAUCUACGGCACUAGACCAGAAAGUUGCCGUAUUUUUUAAAGAACGUUCUUAGUAGUACCCUGGUUUAAUAUAUCAACAUGAUCGGUUGAAUCGCUCGCCACAUGAUCUUCGUAGCACAUGUUAAUUACAUAUUGUACAUACAAAUUGUGCUAGCCAAAAAUCGCUGCUUUUAACGGGCCUGUUAAAUGGAAGAUUUAAUUUUACUAAAUAACUAAAAGCAACUUAUAUUUCAUAACGGUCGUUUUAAAUUGCUUUUCAAACGACGCUUUUACCCUAGUACAAUUUGUACGCCUACUUGUAUGCAAUAAAUUUUAGAAACAAGUGAUGGGUUGCUUUUAAAAUUUUAUCAAAAGUAUGGGGCAGCCCGGUGGUGUAUGUGUUAUACGGCGCCGGUUCCACACCACAGGACCGAAUAUCAAAUCACAUUCGGACCGUACCACGUAGCAAUGACUGAUAAUCCGACUACGUGGUAAAACAAGUCUAGUAAGCCAGAAAUGGCCGUCGUGAGUGGGGGAGAGACCUAUGGUAUGGUACGGUUUUAACAACAAUAAUUCAGUUUUUAAUACUGCAACACAAAUAGAAGAGUAUAAAAAGAGUAGCUAGUAUCCGUGAUAUUCGCUUAUCCGCUAGGGGCCGAGUCCCGAUGAGCAUGGAUAAUCGGCGUUCCACUGUAAAACGUAAAUUUGAUCCACAUGCCUACCUUUCUUUACACAUCUCGGGUAAUGUUCGUAAACGUCAAAAAAGACGGUCGCUUUGUUUUGGUAUUUGUUUUUCAUUCUUUGUUUGGAAUUAUUAAAAUCAGUUGUUCCCUGGUUUCUUCUAGAGUGCUUGAACACUAUAUUGAAGUGAAUAGUGAGAUCGUAAGACAGAUUAUUCAUUUGUUGUACUUAUACGUUUUGCCCUCGCUGAUUUCAUCAUCGCCAUGGAGUUGUUACAGCUGGAAAAUCAUUUGAUUCAACUGCGCGCUAAAUUGAAUGAACGCAGAAUAAAGCUAUGGGAGACGCCAUAUAUAACACCGGAACGCCUAGGCGAUGAGAAGGAAAUGUUCAAACUGGCUGAAGUGCUUGGUCCAGAGCUUAGUAUACCGGCAGAUCUGUGUAUGCAGGGGCUAAAGGCGCUGCAACGAAAUGCGCUGGAGAAGUUGCAAUCUAAGAACGAAUUUCAAAGCAUGGGUAUUGCAACGGUAAAGAUACGAGCACCAACACAGACUGGAUCUAAUCAGGAAUUUGAUUUGAAGGUGAAAAUCACAGAACUGGGCAGUCAUCUAUGCGAAUUGAUUGGCCAUCGGCUCUCUUUGGAUCCACGAAAGCUAAAGCUGGUUUGCUCGGGACAAAUUGUUAGCAGUAUGCGUUCGCUUCAGGAACAGAAAGUGGCCAACGGUUCGACUAUAAUGGCUCUGGUAAUGUUGCAUAGCGAGGAGGAAGCGAAACGCGAAUGCUCGACGUACGAUCGUGUGCAUAAGAUACGCACUGAUGCUGAAAUGCUUAUCAACGAAAAUGAUAGUUCGAAUUUUUUGAGCAUCGAGGACCAAUCAGGCAAUGCGAUUUUUCUGCCGAAAGAAGAAAAAAAGUCCCUCUUGAUGGGACUUGCGCUUUACGAAAAAGGUAAAACCGCUAUGGUUGCAGAAAAUUUUGAAGAAGCGCUUCUCUUACUCCUCGAAGCGGAUCACGACUUUCGUUUGUGUAACUCAAAACUACUCGACGUCGUCGAUAACUAUGCACUGCUCAAUCUGGACAUUGUGUGGUGUUACUUAUGUUUGAAGAAUCUAAAUCAACUACCGGAUGCAGAACAGAGGCUCAAGGUGUGCGAACUUAAGUUUCAGCAAAGUUACGGCAAGAACAUGCAGCGUGUGACUGCGAUACGAGGGGAACAGUCGAACGAAAAGAUACCGUUGGUAAGACUCCAUCUACUGAAGGCGAUCCUUUAUUAUUACCAGAACAAACGCGACGAUGCCCGAACCAUGUUCCGUGUGGUGGAAGCGGAGCUGUUGAAACUUCGCAUCGACGAUGACUGUCUGAGCCGACUGAUGGAGUGUGGUUACUCCAUGAAGGAGUGUCGUAUAGCUUUGCGUGCCUGUACGAAUGAUGUGGAAGCAUCGAUCGAGUUCAUCCACAACCGUAGACAAACACGCGAAACAAAUGCAAUUCGCUCCGAGCGUGAGCGUAAGCUAUACAAAACGAUCGACCACGAUGCAUCGUCCGGAGAUUCGCAGCGAAUUAAGCUCGAGCUUGUCGAUCAGCUGAUGGAGAUGGGUUAUCCGGAGGAGCUGGCAGGGUUGUCGUUGAAAAAAAGUCUUAACGACAUAAACGGUGCACUGAAUGAAUUGGAAACAAACAGUGAGGGAUUGCAAAACGAACUGCUCCAUACGGUGUCCGUGAAUGUGGACCUACAGAAAAAGCUUGAGGCGCUCGGUUUCCAGCCGCAAAUAGCGCUUGUAGCACUCAAGCUCACCGCAAACGAUUACGAUCGUGCUACGAAUUAUCUUCUCACAAACGCACAGAACGGCAUAUACAGCGACGCACUGCAGCGAGCUGUUGCUGAGUUGAAUAAUAAGCAAACUACUUCCGAGACAAAUUCAUCUAAAGAAAACACAUUACCAACCAGUUACAAUUCUAGAGAAAAGCCAUCAACGAGCAAACGCGCCACCAGAAGCUCCAUUUCUACCGAUGAAGCAAAAAUGGAAGAAAGUAAACGCAAAAAAGAAAUGCUUGACAUUUUAUUCAAAAACUUUUCGCAGGAUAUACGGACGACGGAUGAGGAUUCACAUCUGGAUUUGCACCUCGACGAGGAAGCAAAGUUGCUGGAGCAGUACAAGCAGUUGCUCGACAUGGAUUGACAGGAUUGCCAGUCGUUGAAUAGGUGCCAAACAAAGUCGUUAGAAUGUAUAUUACCCAAAAAAUAAUAAGUGCAUAGCAUUGAUAGGCGAUUACCAACAUUUGCCUUAGUUUUGUAAAUGUAGCUGUUGUAUCAACACUGUCUCUCAAUUUUGUCAAAGACAUUUUUGAUUGGAAUGUUCGUUCAUCAGUUACUGACAAAUCCUUCCUUCCUGUUUACAUCUUUUUUUUUAAAUUUAUCUUUUGAAUGCAAGAAUCACCUAACUAUAGGUUUACGUUUUAUCUCAAAAACGUAAGCGCUAUUAAAUGGUUUUUUAUAAUUUUUGCAAAUACCGACAUCAUGUAUCAUGUUUAAAUAAUAAAUGGACAGAUUCUAUUUCAAUGCAUGAUUUGAUAUACAUUCUGCUAUUUAUUUUAUGUCAUCACUAUAAACAAGAAAGCAAAACGUAGCUUUUUAGUUUUAUAGUACCGUAUUUCCUGGUGUACAAGAUGCAACUCGAUUUUUGGUAGUAGAAACCAAGCUAAAAGUAAAACUU